UGUUGUAGUUAUCCGAAGUACACAAGGCUUUAAAUUAAAAGAGGGUUGUAUGUAAUUCUAAGAAAUGGAAAAUUACCACGUGUUAGAGCUUAUUGGAGAGGGUUCUUUUGGAAAAGUUUACAAAGGGCGCAAGAAAUACAGUGGUCAGGUUGUGGCUUUGAAAUUCAUUCCAAAAGUUGGCAGGUCAGAAAAAGAGCUGAAAAAUUUACAGAGAGAAAUUGACAUUAUGAGGAACUUAGAACAUGAAAACAUCAUCAAAUUACUGGAUUCCUUUGAAACACCCAAAGAGGUAUGUGUUGUAACAGAGUAUGCUGAAGGAGAAUUAUUCCAAGUACUGGAAGAUGAUGGUUCUCUUCCAGAAGAACAGGUGAGAAAGAUAGCAUGUCAGCUAGUGAAGGCCUUGUACUAUCUACACUCUCAUAGGAUUCUUCACAGGGAUAUGAAACCACAAAAUAUUCUUCUUGGAAAAGGUGGUGUGGUGAAACUUUGUGAUUUUGGGUCAGUUGGAUGUAUUUUAUAUGAACUGUUUGUUGGAACACCACCAUUUUAUACCAACAGUAUCUUUCAACUUGUGAACCUAAUCUGCCGUGACACUGUUAAGUGGCCAGAGAAUAUGAGCCCUGAUUUUCAGAGUUUUCUCCAAGGCCUCCUCACUAAAGAACCCAACAAAAGGCUUUCAUGGCCUUAUUUACUCAGACAUCCAUUUGUAGCAGAUGGAAUAAAUGAAGCUGAACUGGAAAGAUUCAGUACCUCAGAGAUGUUUGAAAAGCUUGGAAAUUCAGCAAGCAAUGUCAGUAAAACUUUUAAGACUAAAGGAAAAACUCAUGAAAGCAAGACAAAGAAAGAUGGUGGUACAGGAGAGGUGCGUCCAUCAUGGAUAAGAAAGCUUCAACAGCAACAGGAAGGGACGCAACAAACUAAACAAAAAGGAAAUGAGCCAAAACAAGACAACAAAGAGAAAGGGAGACAAGAAUCAAAAAAGAAAGCUCAGAGCAACAUACCAAAGAAGAAGAAGCCUCCUUUAGUGACGGAAACAGAAACAAAAAUAGUGUCAAGUUCCAAAGAGUCUAAAGACAAGGAAAAAAGCACUGAAGAAAAAGCUGUUGAUGAUGAUUGGGAGGUGAAGCUGGAUGACAGGCCUGUUACCACUGACAGAGUAGGACAUGAAAUCAGUGAUGAUUAUGACAGAGAGGUAUCAGUCAUUGAACAAGUCUUAGCUGCGGCAGUGAAGAGACGGGAGGAAAAGAGCAAGACUGGCCAUGGAGAACAGGAGGACCUUGAUAGUGAAGAGGAAUGGGACUACCUUGUGGAACUGACUGACAAGAUUGGGACAAGCAGUUCUCAAAAAGACAGCAGUGAAGAAGAUGAUAAGAUUCCCGAGAAACUUAUGACUGACUCAGCUUUUAUCGAUAAAGUUCAGAGUUCAUUAGAGACUGUGGCAGUUCAAGUCUUAGAUGGCCUGCUGGAGGGAGCAUCUCGUUUUCGACAAAUUCUCAGAGUGUUAAGGAGUCUGUUGAUAACUGCUUGCACACCAGAAGUUAAGGUUAAAUUUUCAAGCUCUGUUGGUAUCCCUGAAGACAGUCUCAUUCUCUUGGUACAGUUGCUUAGAAAAUCUGGUCUUUCUCAGCAACCUUGGGUAGUGCAGGUUAUUGUGGAUUUACUGAAUUUGAUGGCAGCUUACCUAAGGAGCUGCAUUCUUUUGAGCAGUGACUCGCUGAAAGAAAGUUCAGCCAUUUUGAGCCAUGGAAAGCAGCUUAUGGGUGUUUUACCAACACUGACGCAGCAUAGCCAGGACAAAGAACUCACGUUACGACAGGCGGCCUUAGAGUGUGUUCAGUAUCUAUGUGAUGUGGUAGACAAGCAUGAUGAUGCGGUACCUGAGGAGUUCUACGACAAUCUUAUUACCUGUGAUAUAAAGAGUGUUGAUUGCCUCAUUUCUGCACUUUAUGUGGAUCCAAGUGCCAUACAAAGACUCAAAGGUGCAGUUGGAGAUUCUGCUGCUGUGAAGGCGACUGUAACGCGCCUCCAAAUUGUUGCUUUAACGACGUUACUAGCCUUAGUGACUUAGUCAAAGAGUGCAAACGGCAAAUCCAACGCAAA